CGGAGGCGCCCCGGACCCCGCGCUUGCGGGUCGGCCUCGGGCCAGCGCGGCGAGCCCGGCGGGUCCGGGUUGCCCGCGGGCGAGGGCCUGCCCCGCGGCCUGGCGGGCGGGGGCCGGCGCGCGGCGGGUGCCGCCUGGCCGAGCGCUGCCCGCGCUUGCUGAAGGCUCUCCGCCGGCAGGCAGGCGGCGGGGGUAGGGCUCCGGCGAGUGGACCUCGGAAGGGUCGCCGGCCAGUUCAGGCCCCGGGACCCCUGAGGGGACGGCUGCCGGGACUCGGGUGGGCAGCGUGUAGUUGUGGCACACUGCAGGCCGUGCCUGGUGGAGACAGGUUUCGGAUGUGGACAGUCACCCCCACACGGACCCACUGUUGCCGACCCGUGUCCCGUGCUGCCCCUGCGCUGGGGGCCCCGUGGAGCCGGUCUCUUCUCCAGCGGGAGACGGAGCGUCGCGAGUGCCUCGGAGGCAUCCAUCAGUCAGGAAACCACGUUCCAGCCAUGGAGGGGGAGGAGCAGCCACCUCAGGAGGCUGAUGUGGAGCCUGAUGGGAGAGGUGGCUGCCUGGCUGCCGCUGGGAACAUGCCAGGGCUGCAGGUAUCACUGGCCCACCUGGGUGUGGAGGAGUGGCUGCUGAGUGCAACAGGAGCCCUCUUUACUGUGCCCCAGUUCUGCCUGCUGGGAAGCCCCUGUCCUUUCCCCAAUCCAGCCCUCACUGAGUUGAGCCCCGACAUGGAUGCCUUCAACCUGCUCCUGGAGAUGAAGCUGAAGCGGAGGCGAGAGCAGCCCAACGCCACGCACUGUGACCAGCUGGUGGCUGAGGAUGGGAGCCUGUAUGUGGUGGGCACUGCCCACUUCAGUGAUGAUAGCAAACGGGACGUUGUGAAGACCAUCCGGGAGGUGCAGCCUGACGUGGUGGUGGUGGAGCUCUGCCAGUACCGUGUGUCCAUGCUGAAGAUGGACGGGACGCUGCUGCGUGAGGCCCGGGAGGUCAGCCGGGAGAAGCUGCAGCAAGGCUGUGAGAGGCAGAACGGGCUCAUGUCUGGGCUUAUGCAGAUGCUACUGUUGAAGGUGUCUGCCCACAUCACGGAGCAGCUGGGCAUGGCCCCUGGAGAGUUCAGGGAGGCCUUCAAGGAGGCGAGUAAGGUGCCUUUCUGCAAGUUUCCACCUGGGUGACCGGCCCAUCCAGUCACCUUCAAGAGGGCCAUCGCUGCACUGUCCUUCUGGGCAGAAAGUCAAGCUGCUGGGGCCUCCCCAAAUAAGGGUGCGGUGGUCCCUGCCCUGGGUCAGCAGCACCAGCCUCCGCUGGCCCAUCUCUGCGGGGCUGGCAGCAUGCCCUCUGCCCCCAGCAAGGACGAUGUGGAGCGCUGCAAGCAGAAGGACCUGCUGGAGCAGAUGAUGGCCGAGAUGAUUGGGGAGUUCCCUGACCUGCACCGCACCAUCGUCGCGGAGCGCGACGUCUACCUGACCCACGCGCUGCGGCAGGCCGCCCGGCGCCUCGAGCUGCCACGCGCCUCUGAAGCUGAGCCUAGGAAAUGCGUCCCCUCUGUUGUGGUGGGCGUUGUGGGCAUGGGCCACGUGCCGGGCAUCGAGAAGAACUGGAGCACCGAACUCAACAUCCAGGAGAUCAUGACCGUCCCCCCGCCGUCCAUCUCAGGCAGAGUCCGGCUGGCCUUGAAGGCCGCCUUCUUCGGCCUGCUGGGCUACGGCCUGUACUGGAUGGGCCGCCGCACCGUGAGCCUGGUCCUGUCGCUGCCCGCUACGUACUGCCUCCAGAGGGCGUCGGAGCCCGGCCAAGCCAGUAGGAGGACACACAGAGGGAGCCCCGCGCUGCGGCCGGGGGCUCCCGAGAGCCCGCACCACCUGGGAAUCUUCUCGGGUGCAGGUGCAUUAAAGCCACCCCCCAUGGGGGUCCAGGCCAAGCCUCGCUGCCCUCCCCAGCCCCAACCCACCAAAUAAAAGAUGAUUGAAUUGUCUGCGCUCGGGCCUCCCAGCAGCCCCCUCCACACUGCAGGGCCUGUCCACGGGCUUCAGCACUGAGGCCAGCUCCGAGGGCCAGGAGAGGAGGGGCGGGUGCACGCCAGCCGCCCGCCUGGGCUGGGCCUGGUGAGCUGCUGACUACCUACCUCACUGUGCCUUGCGCUCCAGCUAGCAGGAGCGUCUGGUCCCAAGUGCGUCUGGCGGUAUGUUUAGGGCCGGCCAGUUUGGCGACAACCGCAGGCCCCACACAGCUCUUUACUGGCAUCUCUGUGGGAGCUUUGCUGACCUGGAUGUGCCCACAGCACCCCUGGCUGCAUCUCUGCCUACAGAGAUUCUGUGUUUGGGCUUUUUUAAAUGUCUAAGAAUUUUUUUACUCAGGAAAUUUUAACUUCAAAGAAAAAACAAACUGGAGUAAAUGUCAGGAAGUACAAGCCUUAAAUCCAGUUGUGACAAGAGGGAGUCUUUCUUUGUGUCUCUGUUCUGAGUGGGCGUGUGUACAUGGGGUCAGCUGAGGCGCCUGCCCAGCCCUCCAGGGGCUGUACCAGCAGGCUUGCACAGGCCUCAGGCUGAGCCUGCUGUCCUGGCCCACUCUCCUUGUGGCCAGGAGGAGCUUGAACCUGUUGUCUGUGCGUCCAGUGGGGAUUCCAAGGCCACCUUGACCCUUGUGACAGCAAGUGUCCUGGCGAGCCACCUUUCAGCCUGUGCCAUGCAGCGCUCCUGGUCAGCUGUGGCCAGCAUCUGUAUGACCCGUCAGGGCCCAGGGUCACUUUUAAUUGUCCUGUGUUGACUGUCAGUCCGAAUCAGGUGAAACCACCCAGGCUGAGCUGGACAGGGUCUAGCUGUGUCCUUCCUGUCUCAUUUGUGGAUUUGUUCCCUUAGAAACUGAAAUAAAUUCUAAUUUUGGAA